UCACUUGAUCUGCUUCACCAAUAUAACCUUGGCCUUCAUCCACUCACUGUGUAUGUAAAAAGACUGCCUGGUGGCUCUUCAGUUAGUUAGUCUCUGCCUGUCCAACUGCUUGUACACUCGGACGCCGUAAGGAUGUCAGAUCAGUCGGUCUUUGAUGUGGACGUAUGGACCCUCACGCGCUUCGUCAUGGAGACGGGGCGACAGGCGAAGGGGGCCACCGGAGAACUCACACAGCUCAUUAACUCCAUGUUAACAGCUAUUAAAGCUAUUUCAUCUGCCGUCAGGAAAGCAGGACUCGUUCACCUGCACGGGAUUGCGGGACAGGUGAACGUCACAGGUGAUGAGCAGAAGAAGCUGGAUGUGCUUUCCAAUGAUCUGAUCAUCAAUAUGCUGAAGGCCUCUUAUGGCACCUGUUUGAUGGUUUCUGAGGAGAACAAGGAUGCCAUCUACACACCUGCUGAGAAAAGAGGGAAGUAUAUAGUCUGUUUUGAUCCGCUGGAUGGCUCCUCCAACAUCGACUGCUUGGCCCCCAUUGGCACCAUCUUUGCCAUCUACAAAAGAAACUCAGAAGGAGAACCGACUGACAAGGACGCUCUUCAGCCGGGCAAUCAGAUCGUGUGUGCGGGUUACGCUCUUUACGGAAGCGCCACGCUAGUGGCUCUCAGUACAGGAGCUGGAGUUAACUUCUUCAUGCUGGAUCCAGCAAUUGGAGAAUUCAUUCUGACAGACAGAAAUGUGAAGAUCAAGAAAAAGGGGAAGACUUACAGUAUCAACGAGGGCUACGCUAAGUACUUUGAGCCGGCAGUGAAUGAGUAUUUGAAGCACAAGAAAUACCCAGAGGACGGCAGUGCCCCGUAUGGUGCCAGGUAUGUUGGGUCGAUGGUUUCUGAUAUACACCGUACCAUUGCCUAUGGCGGCAUAUUCAUGUACCCCGCCAAUGAGAAGAGUCCAAAAGGAAAGCUGAGGCUGCUGUACGAGUGUAACCCCAUAGCCUUCCUGAUCGAGCAGGCCGGAGGCGUCGCCACGACAGGCACCCAGCGAGUCCUGGAUGUUAUUCCUGAGUCACUGCACCAGAGGGUGCCCUUUGUGGUGGGAUCCGCAGAUGAUGUAGAGGAAUACUUGUCCUUUGUCAAGAAACAUAAAAAGUAGAGAUUUCGGUUGCGAUUUGAUCUAUUUAAAGCUCCCACAUGACAUUAAGAUACAAAACACAACAGUAGCUUUUUUUUUUUUAAUAGAAGCAAUGCUUUUGUAAACAGAAUCACAUUAAAUUUCCAGUAUUUAAAAA